UGGGGCGUGAGGGGGACGAUGGCGCUCUCCAGCACGGUCUCUCGGAGGAGGCAGGGAAAGCGGAAGGCUCCCCGCGGCUUUCUAAAGCGCGUCUUCAAGCGACAGAAGCCUCACCUCCGCCUGGAGAAAAGUGGCGACUUACUGGUCCAUCUGAGCUGUUUACUGUUUGUUCAUCGAUUAGCAGAAGAGUCCAGGACAAAUGCUUGUGAGAAUAAGUGUGGAGUCAUUAACAAGGAACAUGUACUGGCUGCAGCAAAGUUUCUUCCAGGCCAGAAUCAGAAACUCAGCAGACCACCAGUCACAGAUUCCAUGGCUUCAAAGACCCUGUCCAUCAUGAGCCCUGACAUCUGA